CAAGAAGAAAUUAUUCAUUUAAUUCUUACAAAUGUUGUCUAUUGAAUAUCAGAACAUAUUUUUCUAACAUGAUACAUACGUGACAUACUAACAAGAGAGGGGAAUACAUUAAAACGGUACUUUUUCAUCGUGCAUUCUAUUCGUCUCAAACACCUUUAAAUGUCACGUAAACCAAAUGUUGAUCCGUACUGAGGAUCAUUUAACAUCAAACACAAUGAAGCUUAAGAAAAAAAAGAAGAAUAAAAAAAAGCAGGAGAAACGUGGGAACAUAAUGAGUGAAAAGUUAAAAUUAAUAUUCCAAAUGUUUUUUUACUUUGCUACAGGAUUAACAUUAUUAAUUGGCAUAUCCUACUUUCUAUAUAAUCAGUCACAUAUUAAAAGGACGUAUAAACAAAUAGUCCAAGUUACAGAGAAAAAACCAACAUUUUUAAUUCAUAAUAAAUCCAAUACCACUGAACAUUUAAAGCAUAUAUUAAUAGUAUUAGAACGUUUAGGUUUUAAACCUACUACUAAUGAAACUCAAUGGGAUCUUUUAUGGUCGCAUGAAUACCCAUUCGUAACAUUAGCACCGGUUUUAAAAAAUUUGCAACCUCAUCAACGUAUAAAUCAUUUUCCUGGUUGUGGUUAUAUUACAAACAAAGGACAUUUAUCAACAUCUGAAGGUCGCUAUAUACCUAAAGCAUUUAAGAUGCCAAAGGAUAAAGAUUUUUUUCUCACAUAUGCCACUUUGUAUCCGCACAAAUAUUUUGUUAAAAAGUCUAAUGGUCAUCGUGGUAUCAAAGUUAUUAAGAUUAGUGAUAUGAAUUUAACUGAUACAGAUUUUUUUGUCCAAGAAUUUAUAGAUCGGCCAUACCUAAUUGAUAAUUAUAAGUUUGAUAUAGGCAUUUAUACUGUAAUUACAUCAAUUGAUCCACUAAGACUAUAUGUUUACAAAGGAGAUGUUUUACUUAGAUUUUGUCCAAUAGAAUAUUAUCCAUUUGAUAGCAAUAAUUUAGAUAAGUAUGUUAUUGGUGACGAUUAUCGACCUAUUUGGGAAGUACCAUCUUUAAAAAACUAUUAUAUUCGUUUUGGAUUUUCAAUGAAAGAUUCAUUGGAUGCAUAUAUAACAUCAAAAGGAAAAGAUCCUCAAAAAAUAUGGAGCAAUAUACACGAGGCAAUCAGAGAAGUGGCAUUAAUGAAAGAAGGCCAAAUAAAAGAAGCAAUUCAACGUUUCGGCGGUGGAAGAAAUUAUUUUGAAUUGGUCAGAUUCGAUUUCACACUUGAUGAAGAUUUGAAUGUAUAUACAAUGGAAGCAAAUAUGUCUCCAAAUUUAUCUUCUGCACACUAUCCACCUAAUCAAUUACUUUAUGAGCAAGUUUUAUUUAAUUUAUUUGCACUCGUUGGUAUUGGUCAAAGGAUUAAAGAGAAUAAUUUUGAAACAAGAAAUAAGCUGGGAUAUGAAAUGGAAGUUGCAACUAAAAAUUUAGUAGUAUUACCAAAAUUUUGUGCAAAUUGCAAAGAUUGUUUUGUAAUAGAAUGUCAACUUUGUAAUCCAUGUUUCACGCCAGAGAUUAAGAUUAUUUUAUCUCAAAGUUAUAAAGAACAUCAAAACAGAAUGGAUUUUCAAAGGAUCUUUCCACCUUCUAUAAUCGACGGAAUGGCAUUGAAAGAUUAUACACUACGAAAUCAGUUACUUAUAAGAUGGUAUCAAGGAAAAUGUGCAUUGGAUCAUACAUGGUGUAUUUAAUAACAUUUAAUACAUACAGUAAUUUUUAAUAAAAUCAUAAAAUGCACAAACAAGUAUGAGAACAUAUUAAAAUAAUAAUAGUUAUCACUUAUAUUAUUAGAUGCAUCGUAAUAUAUAGAAA